UGCGGAAAGAAUAGGGUUUUGGAAUAAACGCAGAAAAUAAGGUCCGAGGUUAACACAGGUUUAGGGUAGUAUAUACGUUUUGUUCUAUGCCAUUAUACCGUCAGUUAACAUGACCUUUAUGUGUUUUGUUUUAUUUCAUACAUUCUUCAAAUUUCACAAAAAGCGAAAGAACAAAACGUAUCGCCUAAACCUGUGUUUACCACAAUCAUUAGUUUCGGUGAAUAUUCCCCCCAAAAGUACAUUAAUUUGCCUUAUAGGCUUGGUCCAACGAACCAUGGCAGAGUUAUCGCUUAUAAAAAGGCGCCAUUACUAUUUCUUUCUAUGUCCUCUCACCCCGACUUAGAAAGAAAAUCCGUGAAGAGCCGUGCUUUUUUAAUGGGUGAUUUGAGUGCAGUGAUGCCUACCAUACUAAACCAUCUUUGGCCAGACGGUGGAUGGACGCUGUGUCUCCACUUCCGCAAGUUCACGGAUUUGUAGGUUACGUUGUGUCCCUAUUACACCGUGUACUUUCCUUUCACGUUUUUGUCUCCCCGAUCGCUCCACCCUUGGAAGAAUAAAUCAGUCAAUUAUACAACACACUGCCCCCCUCACUAUCCAAUACUACCGCCUUAUCCACAUGCAUUGGAGUCUUGGGCCCCGGCGUACCGGCUCCAGCCAUGUCGGCAAGGAAUGCAGCGGCUGGCGGCGGUGACAGAACGAAAGGGGAACAGACAGGGGAUGUGUUGGUGGAGGAAAACCAAAGCCAUUCUGUCUCUCUGCCCAGCUUGAUGACCCCCACCUCAGCCGCUGGCAUGACCUCAGGAAUGGAACUGCCCCGGAAACGCAAGGGAAGCAUGGACAUGGAAAUCAAAUCAGCCUCCAAUCUGGUUGCAGAUAUGAAAGAUGAAGAAGACCGAUCUGAAGGGGAGGACUCUCAGGCUAAAAUCAAAUGCUUCAGGGAACCUCACAGCCAGAUCGAGAAGCGGCGCCGGGACAAGAUGAACAAUCUGAUCGACGAGCUGUCAGCCAUGAUUCCCACCUGUAACCCCAUGUCCCGCAAGUUGGACAAACUCACCGUGCUCAGGAUGGCUGUGCAGCACCUCAAAUCCCUCAAAGGUUCCACCUGUUCCUUUGCUGAAGCCAAUUAUAAGCCUUCAUUCCUCCCUGAUGACGAGCUCAAACACCUCAUUCUCAAGGCUGCUGACGGGUUCCUGUUCGUAGUGGGUUGUGAUCGCGGAAAAAUAGUCUUUGUCUCAGAGUCCAUCAACAAGACACUGAAUUACAGCCAGACGGAACUGAUUGGACAGAGUCUCUUUGACUACAUUCACCCAAAGGACAUGGGGAAAGUAAAGGAGCAGCUCUCAGCUUCUGAGUUAUAUCCCCGCGAGAGACUAAUAGAUGCCAAAACGGGCCUGCAGGUCCAGGCUGACCUCCCGGUCGGAGCAGCUCGGCUGUGUCCGGGCGCACGACGCUCCUUCUUCUGCCGCAUGAAGUACCACAAGAUCUCAGUCAAACAGGAGGACAAGGAAUUCCAGUCCAGCACAUCGAAAAAGAAAGAGUCUGAGAAGUACUGCACUGUCCACUGCACAGGCUACAUUCGCAGCUGGCCCACCAGUCAGCUGGGGGAGGAGGGGGGUGAGGGGGAGACUGACAAGGACAGCUCCCACUUCAGCUGCCUGGUGGCCGUGGGCCGUGUCCACCUCCACGCCGUCUCUCUUGUCAACGGGGCCAACGAGGUCCUGGUCAAAGCAACGGAGUUCGUCACGCGCUACGCCAUGGAUGGCAAGUUCACCUUCGUCGACCAACGAGCCACCACUGUCCUAGGAUACUUACCCCAGGAGCUGCUUGGAACGUCAUGCUACGAAUACUUCCAUCAAGAUGACUUGCCACAUUUAGCAGAACGACAUCGAAAAGUGCUGCGGAGUAAAGAGAAAAUAGAGACACAUUGCUACAAAUUCAAAACGAAACAUGGCUCUUUUGUCACACUACAAAGUCGGAUGUUUAGUUUCAUAAAUCCCUGGACCAAAGAAGUAGAAUACAUAGUGUCAACCAAUACUGUCAUGUCCAGUGACCACAGUCCAACAGACAGAUCUGGGGACAAAGCAGAACCGUCAAGUAAUUCCAAGGCUUCAGAAGACGAUGGCAAUAAGUCUCUUCCCAUCAUCCCGGGGAUCUCCAGUGCUUCCAGUACCAUGAUCUAUGCAGGGAGCAUCGGGACCCAGAUAGCUAAUGAGCUGCUGGACUACAACAGGAUGAACUCGUCCCCAUCCAGCGGUAAUGUCAGCCCCUUCACUGUGCUGAAGGACAAGUCUCCUCUGCAACUUACACUGUCCAGCAGCAGCGUGCCAAAUGGAGAGGUGGCAGACCUAGAGAUGCCAGGGAAGUCCAGUUCAGAGGAAGGAGAACAACAAGAACUCAAAAGACCACAAUUCCCUGCAGGAGAAUCACUCAUGGUGGAAACUUCCCAGCUGGAUAUGGAGAAUAUGAUGGACCCUGGCCUGGGAGGCCUUAGUAAUGACGAGGCGGCCAUGGCAGUGAUUAUGAGCCUGCUGGAGACGGACGCCGAUCUGGGCGAGGCCGUGGUCAUGGAUGAGAUCAACUGGUCCCUCUGAACUGGUCCCUCUUUGUCUCAUCUCUACUGAAACUCUCCACGUCUCACUAAAAUUGACUGCACUGAUCUCUCUGAAACUUGCCACAGUUCACUGAAAUUCUAAGCCUCUCUGAAAUUCCCCCCCCCCCCCGGCUCUCUGAAACACACUACAGCUCUCAAUAACUCGACCCAAACACAGCAUUUCCCUCAGUACAGUUCUCUCUAUCACCAGGUAUCGUCUCCCUUAUUAAAACAUGUUUUAUUUAUUUAUUAGUUGUUUUAGUUUUUUCCACAUAAGCUGUGUAAUCUUCAGGUGGCUGUUUACAUUUUUUUUUUUUAAGACAAUGGGAUCGAUUGGCGAUAAGGGACAACAGCUCUCCACCACUUUCAGUGGGAGGAAGAGAAGAGUCUGAGGCUGUGCCUACAAAGCCUUUCAGGUGGCCAUUUUGACUAUUCUUGGCGGCUAAUUGUCCGUAUCUGCUUUCCUCAGACCUACAGAUCACGUUCCCCUGCUCAGACGUUGCAUACGUCUACCAAUUAUUGUGUGCCAAGUCAUUGACUGUGUCAUCGACUGACAGAUUGCCAUAACAUAUGAUGUGAUUAGCUGAUACGUAAAAUACCUAUCCAGGGGUUGUAAGGUCUGUCAUGCAUCAGCUACGCCUGGGCAGAGGAACGCGCCCACAGUCUCUCCCCAUCUCUGGAGUGGCCUUAGGAGGCGUGGUCUAUUUGAGCAGCAGCCUUUUUGUGCCCCCACGUGUCACAUCCUAUCCUAUAAGACUAUGGCUGAAUCCCAAAUCACUCCCUUCACCCCUUGACCCUCCAGUUAAGCUUUCACACUUGCCUCCGCCAUAUGCACAAGUGUCCCAAAGCAGAGGUAGUGAAAAUUGUCAUAGGUGUGGGGGCUAAUUAGACAGCCAAGCAAACAAGGCUGCAGGCUUUAGAGCGAAGUGCUAUCCCGACACGCUCCGCGAUAUGUUUUGAGUUUGCGCAAAUAUUUUUAUUUGAAUAUACAAGUAUUUGAAUAUUGGAAUGCAUUUGGCAAUACACUUGGAAGGUAUUGGCAUGUAUUUGAAAAUAACCAGUAUUUAUACAAAUAUUUAAAUACUCUCAUGCUUUUGAACCCAGGUCUGUUUGGUCCUAGGUUUAUUUUAAAUAAUAUAUUUGGAAGUAACUAUUUGAAAAUACUUAUGCUUAAAUAGUAGGCUAUUUUAUAGGAAAUCAUUUGAAAAUACUUCUAAUAGAAGUAGUUGAUUCGGCACCAGAUUAUUUUAAAAUACUUAAAUACACAGGUCUGGUUGACAUUGACAUUGAGAGUCACUGAUAGUCCGCUAUCAAUGUGCCACUUAGAGAUUUUCCCACCAUCAGAGUAACUGGGCGUGUCACGGCCUAACCACCAACUCUCUGGCACACAGCAUUUGGACCGACGUGUGAAGACCUGGUAUGGAUAAAUGCCACAUUCACCCACCAUCUUGACACAUUCUUAAAAACAGAAAUGGAGGUUUAAGGGAAUAGACUUAAAUUCUAUUAUUAAAAUAGAGAUUUAUCAAAUACCUUAUUUCAAAAUGUACAGUUUAUAAAUGAUCUCUGAAUCAGGGAUCACUCAGGGAGCAACAGAACAGAAACCACCCCUCAUUCCUCCAUUUCAUGUUUAUUCAAUCUUUUACACUUUUUUUUAUCACUUGUAGCAGUAUUUUAUUUAUCAGGCUAUAUAUCACACACCUAUAGUACGUAGGAGUACAGACGUUGGUAUUGUUGUAAAGUGAUUUGUUGUUUUCUUUUACAACGUUUUUCGGCUUUAUGACGCCCAUGCUUUGACUUAAUUUCAUGUGUCAUAAUGCACUGAUAGACAACAGUCUUAUAUGGCUCGUUCAGAGGUGCUACUUCAGAGGUAAACCGAGUCGUUUGUGGUGUGUGGAUUCUUUAAGGGACUACUAUGCAGAGUGAACAUUCCAGAACAUCUAUAUACAUCUCUGUCUCUCGCUUAUUAUUCAAACCAGGGGUUGUAACCAUAAUUAUUUUCGUUACAUUCCACUGUUACGCCCAGCAAAAUAAAGUUCUGAAGCGGUUCAAAACCCCUAAAAAAAUAAUGGUUUAUAUCAUUCCUUUCUCUUCCUUUUUAAACCUCUUUAGCUCAACAUUAAAUUACUUCACCAAUCAGUGUGGAUAGAGCAGCUUUCUAUGGAGUGGGCAAGCUGUAAUAGAUGUUUACAUGCAUUGGACAGACAUGUGUAGGGCACAAGAUGUGACUGAAAUUUUUCAGGUGGGGAGGGAGCGAGCAAUAGAGGGUGGAGGAAGCUUGGCUUGAAGCGCUGGGCAUUUUGUUAUUACAUGCAUUAUCUGAAUUAGGAUCACAGCAUUAUACUUGCGGAGGAGCAGAUUCAAUGAAGGAACUUUGAACGUCUUUGAACUUCCAAGAGUUCGCUUAACUUUGGACCAGAAGCUUUGUGUGUGUGUGCAGAGCGUCACCAGAAUUUUAAAUAAAAACACAUUUGACCUUUUUGUAGUUAAUAAAGCCAACUUGAAACAUGAUAAAUAUAGUAUCCUUAACUAGUAUUGUGUACGUUUAUCCAUUCUUCUCAAAUAGAAAAAUCUAUCUCCCUAAUUUCGGAAUAAUCACACUUGUAAUGUCAGCAGGCCACCACACCCUACAUAAUCAAUAGACUACAUGCCAUAUACAAUACACACUCGAAUACGACCCCCACUACCUGUCUGUGUCUGUUUUGGAGGGCGAGAGAUAGGUAGCCUACACACACUGGGGGAAAAAAUGCCCUGAAUGUAAAAUAACAAAUUAACCUGUUUUUUUUUGUGAUCAAAUUUGUUUUGCUAUUGGUAAGACAGGUACACAUGGACAAAGAAACAAGUAACAAGACCUGGACAAGACAAAAAUAGCCAGCUACUUUAUUUGUAGUUGCCCAUUUGACCAUUGCCCCACCAAACUAUAAGAAGCUGAAGCUGGAUAAGCAUGCUUUUUAAAUGUGGUGGCUUGAGGUCAUGUCAGUAAACCCAUCACCCGCCAUCUAUGGUCACACUGAUUGGUCUAUGGUCACCAUGCUUUGAAUGAAUAAUGGUUUUGUGGCAGCCUUAUGUGAGGUAAGACUAAAGAACUAAAGUCAUGAAAUAUCUUUAAAAUUAUGCUGUUUAAACUCCAAUGCCUGUGUGAAUACUGCUGUUUUAGCCCAUCCAGCCACGGUCGUUACUUUUUAAAGUUUGUUCACAUUUUGUGCCAGUAAUGAUUUUGAUUCGGUUCUGAGGGUGGGAUGGAUGGAGGUGUAUUGUGAGUUCUGAAGAACACUGUCUCUGGAGCUCCACAUUUACUUCAAUACUGAGGGAGGCACCAAUCCACUAGGACCCCCACUACCUGUCUGUCUGAAGUGCCUCAUGCCAUUUCUGCAUGGAUACCUGAGAAGUAUAUUACAAACCAUCAGUCCCACCUUACCUCUCAACACAUUAAAUGGUAUGGCAUUUCCCCUCUCGACUUUCCCCUCUCCCCUCCCCUCUUGUAUCAUGGGAUUAAUCGGAAGUAUGAAACACGAUUGGUGGCUGGAUUUGACGUGCCAAUCACGAGCCUGAUCACAGAUGAUGGCAUUCAACAAGCAAGCUGUGAAAGCAUGUGCCAUAGAUACAGGCUGGUCCUAUAAAAGGAAAAAAGUUGUAUGAUUUUAGUUUGUUUUAAGAUUAUUUUUUUUUCCUAAUAUCAUUGUACUGUAUUUGUGAAUGCCCUGAAUUGUGAAACCGUUAAAGUAUGUUUGUACAGUAGGGCUGCCGCCCACCCUAUUGUCAUUGUGUGGUGGCAUUGAGUGGAAGUCGAGUUCUGUUCUGUACUUUGGUUAGAGUCAACCUCAACUGCCCCUGUCCCAGUUUGAAAUCCUAAACAUUAUCCAAGGUAUAGUUAGAUUUCGUUGUAUUUUUGGUUCCUUUUAUAUCCCGCCCAGUUGAUCUUAUUGCAUGCAGCUGCUUUUGCAUCCUUUUUUUUUUUGUUUAAUGCAUUUUUUGUUUUCGCCUUAUAAGACAAACUAGGGUAUGAGAGACCGGUAUGUGUGUAGGCGUGUGAAUGAGUAACCAUAAACCAUUAUCUGUGGACUGAUGAGGCUUCAGAAACUGUUUCCCAGACUAGUGCUGUUUCCCAAUUGAUGCGGAUGCCCUAGAAUCUAGAUAUACCACAAACCAAUGUUUUAUUGUGCUUGUGGCACAGGGAUCCCAGUUGGCCACAGUUAGCCUUGCCUUUUAGCCUAUCCACACACAAGCAAGGCCCUUCUUUACCUGUGGGCUCCGAGAAGAGCUGUUUGUUAGCAGGGGAGGCUAGUCAGUGACGCAUUCACAGCUUCAAAAUCACCUGUCUGUUUUUUAAAAUAUACUGUAUUUGUUACUAACUGUUAGUGUAUCUGUUUUGUUUGUUUUAAUAGUGGGCUAUAGAAACACUUAAAGAUUCAUGGCAUUAUUGCUGCUUCAACAGGUCUGGUUUAUGGCAGAGAAGCUGUCUAAGCUGUCUUGUGAAAAAAGGUUAUUCUUAAUAAACAUUAGUUUCCUUUUACUUCA